UUGCAACGGUCGAUAUCGUUGGAUGGCGGCAUUGAGAUUUUUAAACAUAUGAACCCUCUGCGUUCGGAUUGGUCGAAUAGUUCGUCGUCAUGGACAUUGUAUUCCGGUGAAAAUGAGAGUCGCAUUCUUGAACAGUGUGGGAGUUUUGAAGAUGUUCCAGUUUCUCAGAUAAAAGUGAAAAGCAGGCUUGCAUCUUUGGCGACGCAAAAUGAGGGAAAUGUCUUGGCUUUAAAUGUACCAAACAGUUAUAAAGGGGUGGAAGCAGAGAGCGGCAACCUUUCUCGUCAAGUUAAAAAAAUACAAAAAACAUUUUCUUUCAAGAACUUUUUAGAUGAAGUCAAGGAAUCUGAUAAAACUACCGACGAAAGCCUAGAACUUCAGGAAGGUAUGCAAACUGUGAAAAAAGAUAAACAAAUGGAGAGACCAUCAGGUCAAAAAAGUACUGGUCCCACACAAAAAUUAUAUUAUGAAGCGGCUAGAAAUGUUGACACAGAUUUGAGAAAGAAAGUUUUGAUAAAACGUAGCAUGUCUAAUAUUCAGUUGAAGAGUUGGGAAGAGCUGGCUGAAAAUACUAACAACGUUCUUAGCAGAUCUCUAAAAAGUUUAGUGGAGUCAAAAGAAACUACUUUCGUUCAUCGUGACGAGAGUGACAUUAGUAAAGACAGCAUUUUGGAUAUUCCUGGACUCCAAAGGAAUUACGAGACCCGUAGCAAUUUAAAUAACAAGAAACUUAUAGUCCCCACAAUUGUAGUAACGGACACGAACUUUGUAGAUAAUGAGGUCAGCAAUAUUGAUCCUAGAGACGAUAUCUGUGUGGACAAGUUAGUCAUCGGUGAUAGUAUUAAGAAACGAGAUAUCUCCGUAGAUCCUUUUAAUGUUAUAGAAGCUGAAAGCGUUUGUAACUGUCGAAUUUGUAGCGAAGAUGAAGAAGACGAUAGUAAAUCUUUCUUACGUAACAAGCUUAGCAAAUUGUUUAUGAAAAUCGUCUCCUUCAUCGAGUUCGGUAAGAAAUUGACUUCUUGGGAUGAGAAUAAUAACAUACGCGAAGGUGAAAUGUACAAUUGUAUAAUGCAUGUUUUGAAGUUGAUGUUUGGUCUUUGGUUAAGGCAUUUAGAUCACAAUCCUCAGGUUAAAGUGCAUCAAUAA